GCCAAGCCGAUUCCGAAACUUGGAUCGAGCAUGGGAUUCCGCGAUCUCGCCCGUAGCGCGCAAGCAUGGACGGCUACAAGUACCUCCUCGCCAAGAUGAAGGCGAGCCGCGGCAACCAGAGCCGGCUUGGCAGCUUCGCGUCCGUCGGCUGCGCGUCCUACGACUUCCACGGCGACGACGCCGUCGGCUACGGGCCCAACUACAUGGUGGUCGCGGACGGCGUCUCGGGCACGCAGAAGGCCUCCGGCGUGCUCGCCCGCCUGCUUGUCGCCGAGACGCUGAAUGGCCUUGAGAAGCUGCGUCGGCGAGCGCUCGAGGAGCCCAUCAAGACGACGGACUUUCGCAACCAAAUGGCGCUUGCGAUCCAGGAAGCUCGCCACAUGACGCGGCGCAAAGGUCGGUUCGACUCGGCGCUCACGGCCGUGUACCUCGACGCGUCCACGAGCCAGCUCUUCGUCUUCAACAUUGGCGACUGCAAGUGCGUGCUCGUCCGGAACGGCGCCGUCGUCUUUGAGAGCGACGCGAUCAUCUACGACUUCAACGUGCCGGCCGUCGUCUCGACGCACAACGACAUCCAUUACCCGAGCGAGUCGGUCGAGCUGCAGGUCGCGACCUAUAUGCCAGGCGACAUUUGCAUGGUCUUCUCGGAUGGCGUCCACGACAACUUGUACAUUGACCAAGUGCUCCGCGCGGUGGCCGCCCAUCCGACGCAUGGCACCGACAUGGCGCGUGCGACGGUCCGAGCAUGCCGGGAUACGUUUGUUGGGAGCACCGACUUUAUCCCGUUCGCUGUCGCCGCCGCCGGCUUUUGCGCGACGGCCAUGGAGGAGAUGAAGACGAACGAUGCGAUCUCGGCCGAGGACUUCGACGCGUUCGAGAAGAAGUGCGCGGGCCUCCCAGGCCCGGACCGGCCGAUCUUUGGGAAGGAAAAGCGCGUCAAGAACCUCGCCUUUUACUCGGCGUCGAACCUGCUCACGUUUGCGGGCAAGAAGCUUGGGAAGAAGGAUGACAUCUCCGUGUGUUGUGGCAUCAUCGCCUAGUCGCCUGGCAGUCCGUAUACGAUAGCACUUGGUCGAAGACGCCGCCAUCCUCCUUGUUCCCUUGUCAGUACUAUAACAACCACCACUAGUCUCUAAC